GAAACAGAGAGAGGAGGGGGUGAAGGGAAGGGGGAGGGGAGGAAGUAAAAAGAGUUAAUGUUUGCUUGCGGUGUGUAUGCUGUGCUAGAGUCGUGAUCUUACCGUUCUUGAGUUUGGAUUUUAUAAUCGCCGAUGGAAUUGUUGAGUUGAUGCCAUCAGGAGACCAUUGGUGUGUAAGAGCUGGUGAUCCAAUAAUGGCUGAAUCAGCAUCUGAUCGUGCCAUGCCCCAGGAUGUUCUUGAUGAACUCGCCAUCGCUUCUUCCCCUCCUGCACCUCAACUGUCAUCAUCCACUACCAGUGAUGAUGAAAAAAGACUAUGUUGGGUUUGUUUGACUUCUGAAGAGGAUGAGGAAGAAGAGGACAAUGUUCAAAGUGAUCCUGCAGAAUGGGUACAACCUUGUAGGUGUAAAGGAACUGCAAAGUGGGUCCACCGUUCUUGUUUAAAUCGGUUUAUUGAAGAGAAACGAAAAGUACAUUUUGAUGACAGAGUUAAAUGCCCACAAUGUAACACUCGUUAUAUUGUAAAGGCACCCAAGAUGGGCUUUAUGUACACAUUCCUUGAUGAAAUUGAUGUUCAAGUGCAAAGAGUAUCACCUAUAGUUGUGGGAUUCAUGUUGGCCAAGGCUAUUUAUUGGUGUGCUGUUACUCAUGGAGCCGUCACUGUAAUGACAGUCAUGGGCUGUGAUGAAGGACUUGGGGUGCUUGAAUCCACCUCCCCAAUCUUGCUCCUGCUAACACUUCCAGCGAUACCUGCUGUACUUGUCAUGAGUAAAAUGGUCUGUUGGGAGGAUAGGCUAUGGUUAUUCAUGCGUAAUUAUUAUUCCAAAAUUCCAUUUAUGCGUCACAUUCUUCCAUCUUUUGCCCCUCCUGACACCUCAAGAGCAAUGGAACAACUUCCACCUCUCUUCAGUCAUUCCUGUGGGGAACGUACAUUGAGUGGAGCUCUCUUAAUGCCAACAAUAGCUGCUUUAGUAGGACGUGUACUUUUUGACUCUGUUGAAAACAAUUUGCAUCGCACAUUACUAGGAGGAUUCACUUUUGUUGCAGUCAAGGGUAUUUUAAAAAUAUACUUGAAGCAACAACGAUUUUUACGGUCGUGUCGAUCAGUUAUUAUGAAUUAUCCUAAGAGACCACCUUUUGAGCCCCAGCAAAGUGAAUAAAAUUUUAUGAGAUGUAAAUAUUGCAACUUCGAUAAUCUUGAGUUUGUAGAAAAAGAGGGUGUGUGCAAUAUUAUGUUAAGUUUUAAGAUAUGUUGUAUAAUUUUUGUUUGUAAAACCAUCCAUUUCUUACAUGACGUCAAUAUUUGAAAUAGGUAUUCAUAGACCAUGGAAAAUGAUGUGUUUGGUGUGGCAGAACCAUGUAUAACUUCAAAUAAAAAUAAAUCAAGUAUGUAUUGUUGACUUGCUUUACCUAAGGUAAAUAGAUUUAUGAUUUAAUAAAGUGACAGUUACCUGGAAUUGAAAAGUCAAAA